GACCAAGCUUGGAGACUAAAAAGAAAAUCAAAGCUUGACGAAAAUGGGAAUUCGAGUCUUCAAAUCUUCUAGUUAAAAUCUUCCCUUAAACUAUGCGAUUCAAGCUGUCCACGAGCUUAGCUUCAUCGAAUUCAACAAAACCAACUACAGGGUUUUACUCCUACUUCUACUUCCUCUCUUUGACUGUUAGCUCCUUCAAAUUUUUCUUCUCAAAUCCUCUCUAAUUUCCCCUUUUCUUUAAUACCCACUUUGGAAAAGGACAGUGGUUUCUGUUCCCCUUCUUCAUUUCUGCAUUUUCAGUCACCCACACGCUCCACCCCCCCACCCCCCUUUUGGAGCUCUGAAAAUGGCUGCCACUGUCUUCUUUCUUUCUGUCUCCUCUAUUUUGCUUCUCUGAUGGCUGUUUUACCCUUUACAAAAAGGCUGAGCCUAACUGCCAAUUGAUUCUUGGUUUAACCCUCAACCAUGAAAGCUAGAUCAGAGAAUGGAUGGCAUUGCAUCAAGUCUCUUUACUUUAGAGGUAAACCAACCAAGGAUUUGUGCCUGUUGCAGAAGGUGAAGGCCUCCGCCAGUACGCCGGGAGAAGCUCCAGUUUAUCUCAAUGUGUAUGACUUAACCCCCGCAAAUGGCUACGUCUACUGGGCUGGCCUUGGUAUCUUUCACUCUGGUAUAGAAGUUUACGGCAUUGAAUAUGCCUUUGGAGCCCAUGACUACCCGACGAGUGGGAUCUUUGAGGUAGAACCCCGAACAUGUCCUGGCUUCAAGUUUAGGAAGUCAAUCUAUAUCGGCACAACUUGCUUGGACCCAAUCCAAGUGAGAGACUUCAUGGAGCGUCAAGCUGCAAACUAUCAUGGCGAUUCAUAUCACUUGAUCGUGAAGAAUUGCAACCACUUCUGUGAGGAUGUAUGUAGAAAGCUAACAGGGAAAUGCAUACCAAAAUGGAUUAAUCGACUUGCAAGAAUAGGUUCGAAAUGCAACUGCAUACUCCCCAAGGCUCUUAAGGCCACGACCAUGCAACACGACCCGAGAUUUGAGGGACAGGACAGCGAAAAGAAAAGGCUAAGAAGUGGCUUCAGUUGCUUAUCCUCAAUCUCCAUGAAUCAGAAGGAAGUUUCAAUAUCUUCACUGUUUCUACACUCCCACUACAAAGGCUGCCUACCUCCAUGGGAACUAAAAAGAUCAAAAAGCUGGUCGUUCAAGUAAGGAGAAGACAACCUACCUACGCGGAUUUGAGAUAUCUAACAAGUUUUCCUUCUUCCAGUUCUUGGGAUAAUAGCCAUGGGAGCUGAUUGGUUUUAGCUUUGUGGAUUGAUCACAGAGGCUCUAAUCUCUCUCCUUUUUCUCUCUUUUCACUUGUGUUUUUUAGUCUCUGAGAGGCUUUGUUCUGAUCAUUGACUUGGGGGAUAAUUCAUUCAUGAUGUGGAGUUAUAUCUUCUGGUAGAGCUUAGGAAUCCAAGUAGCUGGUCGGUUUGCCAAUGCCAAUGUAUAUUAGCUGUUCAUCUUCUUCUUCUUUGCUAAUCAUUGUUUUGGCAUAAGCUCCGAAGUCUCCA